UUCUACCGCUAGGUAGCAGCAGCAGUUCACCGCUAAAGUUUGUAAACAAAACCUCGUUGGAAACUCGUGGUUUUUAGCGUUUGAUUUUGAGUUCGUUUUUCUUUCCAGAAUUUGAUAUUUUUAACUUUAUCAGUUCAAUCCACUCGGUACUUACGUUAAGAUUGCAUCCUCCACACACGGGAACCAGAUUCACAACAUGUCAGAUGCAAUUUUCUGUGAGCUGAGGAACUUAUGCGAACAGAUGAUAACAGCCAUCUGAAGUCCUCAUCCAGUGAAUAGGAGCUUCAUGAUUCUUUGCCUGAAGUCAUUUUUGCACCGUGUCACAUGAAUGUCUGCCUAUUUAAGGUAAGAGGAGGAUUUUAUUGGACCUAAGAAUGGAGGUUUGUGAUCUCAUAACAACUCCAUCGCAACGCCCACGGAAUUUUGCUGUUGUUAUCAAUGUAAUCGAAGCCAAGAACUUAGCAUGGCAGCACUCCGAUUCCUACGUCUCUGUCAAAAUUGGUAGUGAAUUUCGACUGACCCAGACCCAGCGAAACACAAGCAGACCAUUCUUCAAUGAGUUCUUCACUUUUGAUUAUUUUCUACCCCUGGACUCAUUGCUCGAAAAACGAUUAACCUUAAGUAUAAAAUUGGGUUCGAGGAAAGCUCUCUGUAUCCAGAAAAUGCUUGGCAAUGUCAGGAUGGAUCUCGGAUUAGUUUGGAUACAAAAACAUCAUCAGUUUUAUCAUAAGUGGGCACCUUUGACGCAUCCGAAUAAAAGCAGCAGUCAGGUUCAAGGUUACUUAAAAGUAGACAUCGCAAUUUUGGAAAAAGGUGAAUUCAUGCGUAUUCCGUUCUUUAAGGGUGACACUGAUUUCAUUCAAGGGAACAUGCUCCAGCCCUGUCCGAGAGACGUUUCUGACCCGAUGAUUGGUGUCUACAAAAUCUACAUCUACUCAGGAAGCAACUUCAAGUCUCACCACAAAAAAACCCUAGCUACUGAUCCUCAACCCACUCAUUCUGGAAAGAUUGAUUUGGUUGUUUCGUUCGCUGGCUUUAAGGUUUCAACAUCAAGUAAAAUGAAUGCCAAGAAAGUUUACUGGGACGAACUUUUCACUUUCACCGAAGUUUACCCUCCGAUGUACCAAGUCAUCAAAUUGUCUGUCAGGAUAAACGGUGAUGAGGUUUGCUACAGAAUGAUUUUCAUGAAAGAUAUAUGGUACUGUUCUGCAACAGGAUAUCUGCCUUCUUUUGGUCCAGCGUACAUUCAUUUCUAUGAUGACAGUAGGUUUUAUCAAGGAUCUGUUUUGUUGGCAAUCACAAGUGAAAAAAUGGACAGUUCGUUACUCCCCAGACGUAUGCUGGUUUGUUUUCAAAAACACCAACUCUCUGGUUUUGAUGAGAAAGAGAAUUUAACUUUCAUGGAUUACAUUGUUUUUGGAACAAUCUUUGAAGUCUCAAUGUUGCGGGAAAAUCUCUGCCCAGGAAAGGAUCUGUGUGUCUCUAUGAGCAUAGGCAGUCAUGGUAGAUCAGUCAUUCAGAACGAAGAAUCGUUUAAUACAACAUUACAAAUGGAAUGUGAACCCAGUCUUGGCGGAUUUUGGACCUUGAGAAUUGGGAAAUUUAAGCCAUGCAUUUUUCUGAGAUCCUCUUGGCCAGACGCUCAAUACCGAUUUUACAUGUCCAAUAGUUUGGAAAAGAUGGCUUCAUUGAUGAGGAAAGGCCUUUCCUCAUCCAGGAAACAAAUAUGUGUCGGUAACUUAGCUUUAGCUCACGAACAACUGGACAAAAUGAUGGAGGAGCUCAGAAUUAUGUGCAGUGAUAAUAAGUCUCUCCCUCUUGGUUCUACGUACCAGGAUAAAACUAGGGCAAGGGCUUUCCAAGCACUUCUUGAGUCAAUCAUCAAAGCAAUAUCUUCACAUUACUGGAAAGAAACCAUCACUGAAAAAUUUCAUACAGCGUGUGGUAUGCUGAGUCACAUCGAAGAGCUUGUCAAUGAUCCCCAGGAAACGUUUCCAGACAUAGUCCUCAAUUUGUGGAAAAACAAGGAGCUCAUUUCAAACUGCAGGAUUUCUGCCAAAGAUAUACUGCACGCCGAUAAUGAUAUCUGGAGUGGAAAGUCUUGCGGGAAAGUAUUAACUAUUUUUUUCAAGCGGACAACGGAAGAUGCACAAUUGGAGGUGAAUGGUAAGGUUGAAAUAUUUCUGUGGCUUGGAUUGGCAGCAAAUAUUGGAAAAUGUUUAGAGCGUUUACCAGAAGGAAGCGAGGACUUGUCUGGUUUCUAUGAAUUACCUCGGUAUAUUCGCUAUCCAAACUCAAGUAUCUUUGAAUGUCGAGCCCAUAUCUAUCAAGGCCAAUUUGAACUAAGGAAUUUGAGGAGAGGCCUCGACCACUUUCACCCAUCCAUCAGAAUUGUUAUGGCGAGCGAAACACAAACAACACAGGUUGUGAAACAUUCUGUCACACCAAUUUGGGAUGAAAUGCUCGUGUUUAACAGAAUUGUUCGUCACCGCAGCAGUAAUUACCUGAAGGAACAUCCACCAGCCGUUGUCAUUGAGCUUCUUCACAAUUCGGAGGAACAAGAAAAACUUGUUGGUAUUGCUACUGCUUUGCCUGUCGUGCAUUUGCUCGCCGAUAAAAGCAAACCCCAAUAUCCGCCAAAAAUGGACUGGCACAGCAUUUAUGAUGGUUAUAAUAAACAGAUUGGAGAAAUUUUGGCUUUGUUUGAAUACCAUCAGAUCUCUGAUGAUGCUUCAUCUCUAGAAUCAGAGAAGAAUUCAGUUUUAAAAAAAACCGUUAGCUCUGUUUCUUAUGAAGAAAUCAUUGAAUCCAACUCAUCUGUUUUUCAUGAAAGUAAGAGUAAUUUCCAAAACACUCCAAGAACGAAAGAAACUUCGCAGAAAAUGCUGGAAAAAGAUGUCCCUCCUACCAGUGCCAGAUUGUCCAACAAGGAAACGCAACAGAUAAGUGAAAAAAACUCAUCGGAAUCGGUCAGCUCAGAAUACUCAGAUAGUGCAACUACUCAACGACGUCAUGCAGAUGAAAAACUCAAACGCAGAGAUUUGGGCGUAAAAAGUAGUGGAAGUUUCAUGGUCAUUGAGUUUCCUCCGAAAGCGGGGGCUCCAGAAAAAAAGAUACACUCGCCUUUUAGAAACAUACCAUUUGAUGAUCAGACAGAUGCCUCAGACAAAAAUUCUGUCUCGAAAAAGACUGCUGAAGUCCGAAGAUCAACUUCGGAAAGAGGAGGAGGUAGCAUGAUGGACAGACCUAAAACGAAGCCUUUUCCUAAGUUCGGACGUUUUAAAAGAGAAAAAAGAAUCAGAAAUGUCAGUUAUAAGAAACGGAUCAAGGAAAUAUUCGGAACAUCCGCUACUAUUUCCUCAGUGGAGGAAUCAUCGGAUGAAAUAGUUUUGCAAUGGAAGAACCAUUUCAGCAAUGCGGCGAGAAACAAUCCUCAAAUAAAUUUGUUUAAUCAGGAGUUGCUUGUUAGCAAUCAGUCUCCCAAGACUUUCCAAAAUGGGAAAAGAGAAAUUACGAAGGACCCAGCUGGAAUAAAGUUAAAAGAUGCAGUAUUUGAGCUUUGGCAAUCCAGAAAAGUCUUACAAGAGCAAAGACUGUUGAAAAAACUGCCAAUGCCCAGUCCUUCUUUUUCUGAACAAUUGGAGCAACUCAAUAAAAAUCAUGAUACUUACAAAGUCAGAGAGGAAUUUGUCGUUCCUGAAAAAUUCAAAUCUCUUUUAGAAAAGAAUACAACUGGUGUAUCAACCGAAAGUGGUUUACAACAAUCUCAAACCGUCACUCAGGAAGACCUCGUAAAAUUUGAAACUGAAUCAAAAUCCACAAAUGAAUCAGGUGAAUCCAUUAAAUAUGUAAAUCUCUCCAACACUGACGUUAUUGAGUGUCGAAUGCAGGGAAUUACGAACAAUUCAUUUGAGAAUGAAGUGUGUUUGCUAGAAAAUUCUCAUGAAACAACAGAUGAGGUUGAUACGGUCAGCAAAAUGAGGAAUUUUAGUCCUGAAGAUCUGAAGAAUAUUGAUUGUAACAAUACAAAUAGUUUUAACUUUACUCAGUCUUCAACUUUUGAGAAAAACAAGGUUUUGACAGGAAAACAACCGAUAUUACAGAAAACAGCAUCGUAUCGGCAAUUGAAACAGCUUCGGAAAGUAGCAAAUGUCUUUGGAACAAACCUGGAGUCUUUUCCCUUGGAAUUUGAUUUUUUUGAGUUAAAGAUAACCAAGAAAGGAUCUGAGGAAAGUUUUUAUUUUCACAAGCGCAAUGCAAAACAUGAAGAAGUAAUAAAUUGGUCUGACUGUUUAUAUUUACAUAAAAGUAAUACAGAAAAUACAGUGUACCAGAAUUGCAUAGGGAAAAAUGAAAAUGCAUUUACAAAUCAAGUUGCAAAAAUGAAGACUUGUCUCAAGGAGAAUUGCUUUAAGCAUAAAAGUAUCUCAGGGAGAUAUGUUAUUUCUGGGGCAGCACCAAUGAAGACAGUAGAAUCAAUCAUGACAAGAAGGUUUAUUUAUUCUAGCUUUAAAUCUCAUUACAAAAUCAAACGCAGAGGUUUUCUACACAAAAUUGGUCAAGGUUUGCACUCUUGUAGCACUAAAACUGCCACGGGGAUGGUUCGAAAUUUCCUGAGCUGGAGUGGCAUUAGAAGCAAGCAUGAAAAUUUCGGUAGUAAAUCUUUCUAUAAUCUGCCGUUGUCACAGAGAACCAAAAGAGUUAAUAAACUUAAAACUUGGAAAAAGAAAUUGAGGGCAGGGAAUGACGGUGGAUCUCUCAAUGUAAAACAAAAUAAAAGAUGGCCCCUAUUUUUUAAACAGAAAAAUGCGCAUGCUAGUAACAAUCUUCAAGAAUUAUUUCUAAAAACCAGAGGAAAAUUAACGAAAUUGUCUUCCAAACAUGACUAUCUUGAAUUAAAAAGGGUUGUUUUCGACGACAGUCCAGAAAGUGAAGAAAGUUGGUCCAGCAAGCUCUCCAAACAGACAUUCCGCAGAGAACUCACCAGAAAUUCUGCAGGGGAAGAUUUUGAGGAAACACAGCCCUCAAGAAGUAGGAAAACAGAUCCUGUAAAGACCCUGCAGGCUAAAAAAAGUGUAGCUCGUAAUAAAGUUGAUAAAAAAAAGUCUAAACUGCAAAGUAUGAAGAGAUCCAAAAAGGAAAAAUUGAGAACAAAAAAAUCAUUCAAUCGAUUUAAAAAAUUUAAAAAGCCACUAAAGUCAAAGGUGAAAAACAGGGGCAGCCAAUUGAAGAAUGAACCAAGUGCAAGAACCUCUCUUAAGAAUUUUUUUAGCUCUUCGUAUCCUAAUCAGCACUCGAUGUUAGAUAAACCUUACUCUUCUCCAAAGCAUGAUUUAAAAAAUGAGCCGCAUGAAACAAAUCGAUCUGUCAAUCUUAAUGGAGUCAAAGAUAAAAGAGAAACAGUCAUUGACGUGUCAAAUCGCUCCAAGUCCCUCAAAUCCGACCAUUCUGAUCGGCAAAUCGACCAGGGUUCUAAACGAAAAGAUCUGAAAAGUAUGAGAAAAAACUUUGGCAGGAAAGUAAAAAAGUCAUAUGCAGCAGCUAAAAGAAAACUCCUGCCGAAAAACACCCCUGUCAUAAAUGAUCCGAAUUCAGGCCCAACUGAUGUAAGUGCAUUAGAUGAUAAAAACCGGAAAGAUUCCUUUGAUCCAUUGUCAAAUAGGCCCAGUCCAGAUUCCGUCAUAGAGGUUGUGGACAGAGAAUCAUCGACAUUAACAAACUCAUCGAUCUCAACGACCGAAGAUAUUCUCAGUGCAGGAGAUGGUUCAAAAAUCCAGUCAUUAAAGAAGCCGCACAAAAUCCGUGCAAAAGAAAAGUCUCAUCGUCAAACGGACCGAUCCUCGAGUAAUUUUCUGGAUAAAAUAGAAAAAGAGUAUCAGUAUUAUGAGUCAGUAUUUAAUACGAGUGCCACAUCCACCAACGUUCUAUCCAGGUCAGAUGCUGUGGCUCGCGACGAUGCUGAAGUACUAAGGAUUCCACACGGAAUCAGGCCCAUUGUUCAAAAUUAUCGAUUGGAGAUUUUAUUUUGGGGUCUGAGAAAUACGAAAAAAACCCUGAUACUUCCAACAGUGACCGUAACGAUUGCAGAUCUGUCAGUCGAAUCAAAAAGGAUCCGGAAUGUUCAAAACUAUCCGAACUUCGAUCAAGCUCCGACUAAAAUCAGCAUUACAUUGCCGAUAGAACAUUUAUACCAGCCUUCCGCCAUCAUCAAACUCCACUCACUGAACAUUUGUGGGCGUAAGCGUCUGAGAGGGUGGUACGUCAUCAAAAAUUUAAAUGAUCUCAAAGCUCGAAUGAUAAAAGUUGAAGACUGGAAUCGAGAGCGCAAUGCCAAUCAGGUUCUUAUCAAGCAGGAACAACUUGCUCAGUCCGAAACUGAGGCUGAUGGAGAAAGGACAGAAGUAGAUGUAGAGUCAUCAGCAGAGUCUUCAAUCAAACCUUUAAUUUUACAGAAGGAGUCAAUUAAAAUCCAGGAGGAGCCCAAAUCUUUCAAUACUCACAUCGCUCCGAAAGUCCAUGCAGUUGCGAGACAGGCGUACAAUUUUCCAAAGUGGAUGUGGCAUAAAGUUUACAUGCUUUUAAGUGCAAUUGAUGACGCUUUUCAAAAAUUUUUCCUCUACUAUUUUCUUCGUUCCAUAGUGCUUAUAGUGGUUUUUCACGUCACAGCAAUCAUCUCGCACUUCUCAUGGUUAUGGGCACCUUGUCGAUGGAUCUUCGAACGGUCCGAAGAGUCAAGUGAUCUGGAAUUGGAUAACUUUACCUUUGAGACUCCAUUGCUGUAUGAGCUUAAGGACGUGAAUGCGGAAGAUUGGUGGACAAAGUAUUUCAAUUCAAUCGAAACCAUGGGUGAAUUGAGAAAAAAUAAACUUUGGCUUGAGAACAAAAUGAAUGUGUUCAUGUGCGAUUGUUGCCAAGAUUUGCCGACAGAGUGUAGACGAAUCCCCAAGAAGAACAUGGUUAAAGCAGGCCUAGUAAUUUAUAAUAAUGAAUUGGAAAAGCAGCCUGAGUUUCAUGAGUUUCAAGAUGUUUUCAAGAACUACCCACUUCACAAAACUGGACAGCCGGUUAGCAUGGAUCCUAGAGAUAAUGUAACAGCCAUUUUUAAGGGUGCCAUCGUUAUUUCACCCCCUGUCCCAGAAAACCAUUUUGUAACGACACAUGGAGAUGAUGCCUCUUUAGGGUUUUUGCGCCAUUAUCCAAGAAGCAUGAAACAACCAGUAGUGGUACGGGUGUACAUCGUUAGAGCUUAUAACCUCCACUCACAUGAUUGGGAACUGAAGGCUGACCCCUAUGUCAACAUUCGCCUGGGGAAUCGGAAAGUUGCAUCAAAUCGGAAUGAAUACGUCCCUUCAGAUCUUCAUCCAAUUUUUGGCAAAUGUUUUGAGAUCGAGGCAAAGUUUCCAAGAGAUAAUUCUUUGACAGUGGAGCUCAUGGAUUUCGAUAAAUUCAAACCUGACGACACAAUUGGUGAAACAACUCUAGAUUUAGAGGAAAGGUAUUACAGCAGAUAUCGUGGACAUUGCGGUCUUUCACAAAAAUACUAUUCGAGCGGUCCUUUCCAAUGGAGAGACACGAUGAAACCUACGGAGAUUUUGCAGCUACUUUGCAAUAGACAUCAAGCUCGUGGGCCCACUUACUAUUAUUCAUCGGUCAUAAUUAAUUCCAAAAGAUUUCAUUUGACGAGGGUUGAAAGUGACAAACCUGAAGAUAUCAAAGAAAACCUUGCAUUAUCUGUUUUGCGGCGUUGGCAUGAGUUACCAUACAUCGGUUAUUGUUUAGUUCCAGAGCACGUUGAAACACGAUCAUUAUAUCGACGAGACAAACCUGGUGUUGCACAGGGUGAAUUGGAAAUGUGGGUUGAUAUAUUCCCAAAAGAGCCAGGUGGAGUUCUCAAACCAAUCGUAAAAAUCGAGCCAAGAAAGCCAAUAGAAAUGCAGCUACGAGUUUCAAUUCUGAACACAGCCAAUUGCGCUCUGAAAGACGAGGCAAUUUUCAGCGACAAACACUCAGAUCUCUAUGUCCAAGGGUGGCUAACUGGGAAAGGUGACACGCAAAAGACCGACAUUCACUACUAUUCUUUGACGGGAGAAGGCAACUUUAACUGGCGUUUCAUUUUUGAUUUUCACUGGCAAGCAGCAGAAAAAAUGAUCUACACUUACGAAGAUACAAUGUUCGGCUCAGAGCUGCGCAAAAUACCACCAAGAUUGCAUCUCCAAGUUUGGGAUAGCGACAAAAUUUUAAGCGAUGAUUUUAUAGGAAAAAUAAUUUUAGACCUCCUGAAAAUGCCAAAACCAGCCAAUGCUCACCGCAACGUCAAUCUCAAGAUGCUGGAUCAUGAAGCACCAACCAUUAAUCUUUUCUUAGAAAGAAGAGUCCGUGGAUGGUGGCCGCUCACAGAUACGAGCACAAAAAAUAGAAGUAACAGGAUAAUAACGGGCAUGCUUGAGGCAGAAAUCGAGCUGCUGACUAUGCAGGAGGCCAAAAAGAAUCCAGCAGGAAGGGGCCAUGAUGAGCCAAAUGCUUUACCAUAUCCUGACCGACCAGAGAUAGCCUGGAAUUGGAUUACUGGAAUUUUCAGCGUGUUCGAGUAUGUAAUAAUUCCUUUUAUUUGGCGUCAUAAAUUAGUCGUCACUUUUUUUGCUCUUGUCUAUUUUGUUGUACUUUUUAUCUACUCCUUCCCUGGCUAUGCUGCCAAAAAAUUCAUUGGAGUUAAGUGAUUCUAAUGAUUUUGUUGCUAAUAUAUACUUUCUAAUUCUA